UGCCCCGGCGGCGGUGGCGUCUCCUGUGCGGGGCCGUAGCUCCGCCGCGCCUCGGCGAGCCCGCGCUUCUCCUCCCGGCGCCCCGCAGCCCUCCGCGGUGAGCGCGGGGCCGGGCCGGGGAGCGCAGCCCUCCGCGCCGUGGGAUGUGCGCGCAGCGGCGGGCGGCUGGCGGCCCGCUCCCGCUCCCUUAGCCCCUGCAGGCAGCGCGGCGGCUGGCGGGGCCCCUCGGGAAGUUUGAUGGCUUCUUUGCGGAGAGUCAAAGUCCUGCUGGUGUUAAACUUGAUCGCGGUGGCCGGCUUCGUCCUUUUCCUGGCCAAGUGCAGACCCAUCACGGCCAAGAGUGGCGACUCCUUCCAUGACAUCCACCCCAGGGCAGAAGUGGCCAACUUGACCGCGCACGGCAUCAGCUCCAUCCAGGACGCAGUGCUGAAGAGACUUUCCCUCCUGGAAGACAUCGUCUACAGGCAGCUGAACGGUCUGUCCAAGUCACUUGGUCUCAUUGAAGGCUAUGGUGGACGUGGUAAAGGUGGCCUCCCAGCCACUCUGUCUCCUGAGGAGGAGGAGAAAGCAAAGGGACCACAUGAGAAAUAUGGCUACAACUCCUACCUCAGUGAGAAAAUUUCACUGGAUCGUUCCAUACCAGAUUAUCGUCCAACCAAGUGCAAGGAGCUGAAAUAUGGCAAGGACCUGCCCCAGAUCUCCAUCAUCUUCAUCUUCGUGAACGAAGCGCUCUCUGUUAUCCUGCGAUCAGUGCACAGUGCAGUUAAUCACACGCCAGCUCACCUCCUGAAGGAGAUUAUCCUUGUGGAUGACAACAGUGAUGAAGAGGAACUGAAGGCGCCACUAGAAGAGUAUGUCAAUAAGCGGUACCCAGGCCUCGUGAAGGUGGUGCGCAACCAGAAGAGGGAAGGUCUUAUCCGAGCUCGUAUCGAAGGCUGGAAAGCUGCCACUGGCCAGAUCACUGGGUUUUUUGAUGCUCACGUGGAGUUUACUGCUGGCUGGGCUGAGCCAGUGCUUUCACGGAUUCAGGAAAACCGGAGAAGGGUCAUUCUUCCCUCCAUAGACAACAUCAAGCAGGACAACUUUGAGGUGCAGCGUUAUGAGAACUCAGCCCAUGGGUACAGCUGGGAGCUGUGGUGCAUGUACAUCAGCCCCCCCAAGGACUGGUGGGAUGCUGGAGACCCUUCACUGCCCAUCAGGACGCCGGCGAUGAUCGGCUGCUCUUUUGUUGUGCACAGAAAGUUCUUUGGAGAGAUUGGGCUUCUGGAUCCUGGGAUGGAUGUGUACGGCGGGGAGAACAUCGAGCUUGGCAUCAAGGUGUGGCUGUGUGGUGGCAGCAUGGAGGUCCUGCCCUGCUCCAGGGUGGCUCACAUCGAGCGCAAGAAGAAGCCCUACAACAACAACAUUGGUUUCUACACCAAGCGCAAUGCGCUGCGGGUGGCCGAGGUGUGGAUGGAUGACUACAAGUGGCACGUGUACAUUGCAUGGAACCUGCCCCUGGAGAAUCCAGGUAUCGAUAUUGGGGAUGUUUCUGAGAGAAAAGCAUUGAGGAAGAGCUUGAAGUGUAAAAAUUUCCAGUGGUACCUGGACCAUGUUUACCCAGAAAUGAGAAGAUACAACAACACCAUCGCUUAUGGCGAGCUUCGAAACAACAAGGCAAAAGAUGUCUGCCUUGACCAGGGCCCCCAGGAGAACCACACAGCAAUACUGUACCCGUGCCACGGCUGGGGACCGCAGCUUGCACGCUACACCAAGGAGGGAUUCCUGCAUCUCGGUGCCCUCGGAACCACGACUCUCCUACCCGAUACCCGCUGCCUGGUAGAUAACGUGAAGAGCCGCUUCCCUCAGCUCCUCGACUGUGAGAAGGUCAAGAGCAGCCUCCAUAAGCGCUGGAAUUUCAUACAGAAUGGUGCCAUCCUGAACAAGGGAACGGGACGAUGCUUGGAAGUGGAGAACAGGGGAAUGGCCGGCAUUGAUCUGAUUCUUCGCAGCUGCACAGGACAAAGGUGGAUGAUUAAAAAUUUCAUCAAGUAAAGAUUGGAGGAAUCAGAGGAGUCUGACUCAAAACACAGAUGACUUGGACUGAUCUGACUGGACUCCUUUGGAAAGGAUGAAAUAUCAAAACAGAGCUUUAUUCAUGUUAUUAGGAGAGGACAUGGGGGAAAUGGGCAUUUGUCUUUUUAUUUUUAUUGUAUAUUAGUCUCCCACAGCUGAUUCCAACUGUGUGAAAUUGGGUCAGAACUGCUAUUUUCUUCUGGCAAGCACUCUAAAAGAUACCACUUAUUUCUGCUGGAAUGACUGUAAUAAGCUCAUGCAGUCUUGUAUGCAUUUUACUGACAGCGAAUUGUUGCUUUCCCAGACAACUCCAAGCUCUCCGAAAGGCCCAGGUAUGUUUGCACCAGGAUGGGAAUUGAAAGACCCCGGAUUUACCUGCCUGGCAAGCGUGAAAACUUAAGUGCUUGUGAUAGGGAAAGUUUGCCAAGUCCCAAAUGAGCUGAGUUAGAAAGAUGUGGUGCUUUGCUAAGUCCUCUCUCCCUUUUCCCUUUGUUGCCCCUGCAUCCAGCAGCCACCUUCUUGAGAGGCAAAGUGCACCCAGUAGCUCCUGUAGAUCUUUCCAACCCUUAGUCACAGAUGUCAUUAAACAAAGUCCUAUUUAAUAGAAUCAUUGGUCUCCCCUUGCCUCAUCCUCUCUAUCACCCUCAUGCUGCUGUUGGCAAGGCCAGCCCAUGCAGCACCACUCCCUUCUAUGGAGACUCCAGAUGGGUUUCUCUUGGAAAAGACCUUGGAUGUCUGUCUGCCUGCCUGGGCAGUUGUCUGCCCUUUUGGGUGUCAGUUGUACUUGCACACGGUGAGUAAGGCUUGUGGGAUGCUUCCUGCUCCAUGGAAACCUGGGGAGCUUCAGAGCCACCUUUCCCACCUUGCAGGGCCAUUGGCCUGCACUGUGUCCCUGGAGACCCAUCUUUACCCUUUUUUUUUCCUCUUUUCUUGUAGAAAUAAGGAUGGAUGUGCUGAUAUGUGCAACAGACUGAGAGCAGGUAAUGCAAGAGAAAGUCCUGCUCAGGCUUCACUCCUAUGGAGACCAUAGGGUUUGUUUUUAAGGCAUCCUUGCUCUGAAUAAACAUACCAGUAGUGGCAGUCUCCAUAACUUUGUAGUGGUGGUCUCUUUCUGAGGCUUGAGCACGCCUAUUGUGCCUGGGCAGUGUGAAGGUGUCAAGGUCCACCCCAAACAGUGCAUGUUGCUGCAAACCUUCAUGAGCUGUGGUGCAGUAAGAAAGGGAGAGGGAGAGCAAGAGGUCAGUAAAUGGCACUUUGGCUGAAAUUCUUGACGUUGAAGUCAUUUAAGUCUUGUUAAUAUGGCGAUCUCACCUGCUGGUUUUGGCCCACAAUAAUCUUGGCUACCAAAUCUACCCAACCAUCAUGGGAGACCAUUUGUUUGGGGUCCUAUGUCUGACUGUCUGGAAAAGGGAAUCGUGGUCUUGCAAAGUUGCUUUCUAUGGAUGCUAGACUAAUGGGUGGAUACAGGAUUCGCUCAGUGGAGAGGAGAAGCCAGCCCAUCUCCUGUCCUUCUCACAGAAUAAUAUUGUUUCUGGUUGCCCUCUGGCUAGGGUGCACUAAAAUGUUAAUAUAUGAGAUGUACAUGUAAAUAUGUUUCCCAAAGAUGGGAUGUGCACAGAGUUGUUUGCUGCAGAGCACUCAUGCCUGUCUUCCAUUUGCAUCAGGAUGAAGCUACCUGUAUGUUUAAUGAGUUUAAUUUUCAGUGCCAUGCAGCAGGUUUAUAACUGAUGUUUUAGUAAUUUAUUGUACAGAAGCAGAUAUCUUUCAUUGUUCCUUCUACAACCAUGAGCAUUGCAUAGGACUGAUUGUUCAUUUAGGCUUGACAAGACUUCCUCGUUCAUUGGGGUUGUCUCCUAUUUUUUUCCCUUCUUUAAUGAAGCAAAACCUCUUAGUUGUCUUGAAUUGCAAAGUAGGGAGUCAAUGUAGAGUUUUUCUCUCUUAUUCACUGUGGCAUCAUCUCUUGUGUAAUAAAUUUUAGCACUUACAAAACCAAUAUCAUCACAAUGUCUUCAGAUGCAUGAUGUGUUUCCCCUUGCAUUGCUGCUGCCUUCCAAGGAAAGCUAUUUAUUGAUGAGGAGGCAUCCAGGAAAAGUCUGGGGGAUUUGAGACUUCACAGCUAAUGGUCAAAAUGGUAAAAUGCCCUGUAACUGAGCCAUCAGGUUGCUGUCAGUCAUCAGUGGAAGCCACAUACUGUUUAGUGUUGGGAAGAGCCUGCAUGUUUCAGGAUAAACAACAAAAAAGCCUUGGAUGUUGCCUGUGCUCUAAUUCAUGGUUCCCCAGUCCAGCUCUACUUCUGCCAGUGCUCAGGGUGCCAACAGAUGGGCUUUGUCAGAUUUAAUCUGGUGGUAUAAGGUGUCACCACCGCCAGCCUUCCAUCUGCUUCAGCUGCUGGAGGUUUCUGUCGCCGUCACCGGCAGCAGAGAUGAAUGUGUGGCUGCACCUCGGCUACCACAGUUGGCAGGACGUGCUUCAGCCGGCAGGCAGGAUGGGCUUGCUCUAUUGAACACACAGGAUUGUCAGCCAGAGUCGCUCUGGAAUGUCCACACAGCUCGGUGCAGGAGGCAGCAACCACCGAGCAUCACCAGCUGCCUUGGUGGCAUUUGUGUGGCCUGUUGGAGAUGAUGCGUGUGCACUUGGGACCUUGUCCUCAGGCAACACAAGACGACCUGGCAAUGAGGGUCCUGUUGGUGAUGGGCUCUUUUAUCCUGUGGAAUAGUAAGUUUCAGAGAUGCCUUUCCUUCGUGCUCCACACAGAAAACGUUAUCGAAUAGGAAGGGGACAGUGGAGGUGAACACGUUACUCCAGGACCCUCAGGUGGGGCAGAAACCCUGAAGAGGUGUUUUCCCCAUUCUCUGUGGUGUACAUAGAGUGCUUUCAAAUGACUGAAAAGAAAAAGCAUGAGUAAAAUCGGGAUUAAAAGUGCAAAUUGAAUCUGCUGUGUGAGUGUAGCUGAAGUUCUGUUCUGACAUUGGUUUGUGACAUGCAGAGAUGAUUGCUGAGGCGACGACCCGAGGUCUGCCCCCUCUGAAACCAUAGAAAUCUGUCUUAGAAAUCUGGAUCUAAGUGUUGCAUCUUGCGCUUAUCUCUAAUAAUAUGUUAAUUGCUUUAAAAAGUGAUUUCAAAGUGGUUCCUAUUAAAUAUAUGAUUUGA